GAGCGUCUCUAGUCUACGUCAUGUCAUAUGGUGGCAUUUCGUUCACACACGCAACUUUGGAUAGGCAGGAACCACCGGCGUUUAACAUAGCCAAUAAACCUUAUCAAGCGUCAGCAGUUGUACUGCUCCCGGAUUUAAACCCGGAUAGAAGUCUGGUUCAUCAUAAGGAUAUUGGUUGAAUAGCAUUAAGUUGCAUUACUCAUUUAAGAAUUUUAGGAGCUUCUUGAGGUGUUAAAGGAAAUCUAAAAUACGGUGUUUCUUCAGGAUACACUUCCUGAAGAUGAACGAGUUUGAGAUACACAAAGUUUGAGUCUGAGUCGUUUGUGAAGACUGCAAAGAUGAACAGCAAGCAGAUAAGCCGCCAGCAGUUCCAGUUAAGUCCGACAUCCUGGAGCAGAGUGCUGCUUGUAUCUUGCAUUGUACUAUGCCUCGUUGCUACAAUUUCGUCUGAUGAGGAUUAUUAUAAAUUACUUGGUGUAUCCAAAGAAGCAAGUACUAGAGAGAUUCGACAGGCUUUCAAGAAGCUAGCCCUCACCAUGCACCCUGACAAAAAUCCAAAUGAUGAAACUGCCCAUGAUAAGUUCCUGAAGAUCAACCGUGCUUAUGAGGUGCUGAAGGAUGAGGACCUGAGGAAGAAGUAUGACAAGUACGGAGAGAAGGGACUGGACGAGCAACAGGGGGGACGAUAUGAAAGCUGGAACUUUUACAGAUACGAUUUUGGUAUCUAUGAUGAUGAUCUGGAGAUCAUCACUUUAGACAGAGACUUCGAUGCGGCUGUCAGUUCUGGGGAGCUGUGGUUCGUAAAUUUCUACUUCCCUCGUUGUUCCCACUGCCAUGAUCUAGCCCCCACGUGGAGGGAGUUUGCCAAAGAAAUGGAUGGAGUCAUUAGGAUCGGUGCUGUAAACUGUGGCGAUAAUGGGAGACUCUGCCGCAGCAAAGGCGUCAACAGCUAUCCUAGCCUUUACAUAUUCAAAGCUGGAAUGAAUGCCGAGAAGUACUUUGGAGACCGGUCGAAAGAGAGCUUGACUAAGUUUGCCAUGCAGUUUGUGAAGAGCAGAGUCACUGAGCUUUGGCAAGGAAACAUCUUCAAUGAGAUCGACCGUGCAUUUGCAGCCCGAAUAGGGUGGCUGAUUACUUUUUGUGCAGACACGGGAGAUUGCCUAGAGUCUCAAACAAGGCAGAAAUUAGCUGGAAUGUUGGAGGGUCUAGUUCAUGUUGGCUGGAUGGACUGCUCCACACAGGCCGAGCUGUGUGAGAGCUUCGAGGUGACCUCGAGCACAACAGCAUUUUUCCCGCCUGGAAGCAUGCUGAAAGACAAAGGCAGUGUGCUGUAUCUCCAGAGUUUGGACGCGAGGGAGAUUUAUGCCCAGGUGCUGCAGCAUCUCCCCGACCUUGAGACCCUCUCAAAGGAUUCUUUUGAGGCAAAGCUGGCCCAUCAUCGUUGGCUGGUUAGCUUCACAUUUGGACAGACUGGGUUGGCCUCUCAUGAAUACAAGAAGCUAAAUGCUCUUCUGAAAGAUGAUCAUAUUCAGGUCGGUAAGGUCGACUGCCUCGCUGAGGCGGAGCUGUGCAGUUCCAUUUACAUUCAGAAGCCCAGCAUCGCCGUCUUCAAAGGCCUUGGCAUCCAUGACUUCGAGAUUCACCAUGGCAAGGAUGUGCUGUACAACAUUGUGGCCUUCGCCAAGGAGAGCGUGAAGGCCCACGUCACCACACUGAGACCAGAGAACUUCCCCAGCCACGAGAAGGAGCCCUGGCUGGUGGACUUCUUUGCCCCCUGGUGUCCUCCUUGCCGCGCUCUGCUGCCUGAACUGAGGAAGGCCUCCAUUCAGCUGGCGGGCCAGCUCAAGUUUGGGACGCUGGACUGCACCAUUCACGAUGGACUAUGCAGCACGUAUAAUAUCCAAGCCUACCCAACCACCGUCAUCUUCAACAAGACCAGCAUCCACGAGUAUGAGGGCCACCAUUCGGCAGAUGGCAUCCUUGAGUUUAUUGAGGACUUGGUCAACCCAGUAGUGGUCACCCUGAACCCGGACACCUUCUCUGAGCUGGUGAAGAGGAGGAACUCUGACGAGCUGUGGAUGGUGGACUUCUACGCUCCAUGGUGUGGCCCCUGCCAGGCCCUGCUGCCUGAGUGGAGGAGAGUGGCAAGGAUGCUGAACGGGAUGGUUAGCGUGGGCACAGUGGACUGUCAGAAGCACCACUCCUUCUGCCAGGGGGAGGGUGUCCGGGCCUAUCCUGAGAUCCGCCUUUACUCGCACGGCAGCAACCGCCGCGACCAGUACCAUAGUUACAAUGGCUGGCACAGAGAUGCACACUCUCUUCGCACUUGGGCAAUGGGGUUCCUGCCCAGAGCGUCAGUGGACUUGUCCCCGGAGGACUUUAAGAACUAUGUGCUGGGGGGUGCAGAGCACUGGGUGGUGGACUUUUACGCCCCAUGGUGUGGGCCCUGCCAGCACUUCGCCCCCGAGUUUGAGUCUCUCGCACGGAUGAUGAAGGGCACAGUGAGAGCUGGGAAAGUGGACUGUCAGGCCCACUAUCAGACCUGCCACAGCGCCGGAGUCAAGGCCUACCCGACCGUCCGCUUCUACCCACACCUGGGCACCAAGAGGCGGGACCAGGGCGGCGAGCACAUCAACAGCCGCGACGCUGGCGUCAUCGCCGACAUUCUGCGGCAGCGCCUGCAGCAGCUAUCGCCAUGGUUACAGGACAAGUCUUCCAAACUCAAGGAUGAACUAUAAGACACCUAGGGACAGAAUGGAUUAGAGAUGAAAAAAGGAAGUCACAGAUGCACACAUUCAAACAAAAGACUCUGCUCAGAGGUUUGUUUAUGAUUUACCGCAAAGGAUCAUGGGAUAAGAAUCCUCCAUUUGACUUCUUGUCUGUUCCAACAUCAUCUGGGAGCAAGCUUUUCCUAGAAUUGACACACCUCGCCUAGCAGAAGACGUCUCACCAAAAAAACCUUAUUGGUUGAGGAAGAGGAUGCCAGUGUUUCAUACAAUGCCUGUCCAAAUCACUGGACAUCUGUCCUUAUAAUCUGAAUGUACUGUUUGAUCAUGUCGUGAUAUAUUUAUGAGUUUGUACAACAAUGAUGGGCAAAAGCUACUGUCAUUUUUAUCUGAUAACUGUAAGUGUUUUUUUUUAAAUCUGAGGAUCUCAACUGGCUUUAGUGUUGUAAUGAAGUUGAGAAGUGAAUACUGUGUGUGAAAAUGGAAAAAUGAGAUUUGUUACCAUAAUGCACAGAACUACACAACGUUUUUUUUUUUUUACAGGAACCACUAUUUAUUUGGCAUGAAGAAUCCAGAACACACCCCAGUGUGCCUAAGCUUAUUAAAGGUUGUCUACCAUAACGCUGGUUAUUAAAAUGUGACACCUCUAUGUAGAAACAUGUUAACAUAAGCUAUAGGCUACAGUCUUCUGUGUCACUUUUACAGAACACUCUUAGAUAUCACUUAGUUAUUUCGGUUUACUUGCACAGAGCUUUUUAGUGAAAAAAAAAAAAAAAACAUUUAAAAACAAAAAUGUCUUGUGGUUAUAUUGAAUUGGUCAUCAUGGCCAUGUCUCUUCAGCCUAAAUGCUUUUCAGUGAAGCAUCAGUUCCUUGUCUGUUCCACUGGGGGGCAGUGCAGUAUAAUACUGCUUUUACUAGGACACACAGUAUGAUAUAAUGUGUGUUAUUUUUAAUUAUGCCCUACCUUAAAUUUGCCUACUGCAAGUGACAUGUUAGGCUGGCCUUUUGAAGUUAUCGAACACUUAUUACAGUGCAUGAAAAUGCACUGUUCUGUUAUCCGAAGUCUUCUUCUUCUUAUUAUUAU